GCAUUAUGUAUAUGUUUUUUUUUUCAAUAUGUGAAAUUAUUCAUCCACUCAACAAAGGAACAAUUUAUGCAUAAACAGAAAAUGUGUCGUGUAGAAUGGCGAUAAAGAUAUCAUGAUGGCGCACGAAGUACAUUUAAAGAACAGCAAAUACCGACAGUGGGUAAAGGCAGGCCUAGGCUUAGGUUAUCUGAAAGAAGGACUAGCACCGUUUUGUGAUGACAUAGGAAAACAGCAGCACAAAGAUAUUAUAAAAAAAAUUCAAGGAACAAAGACUCCUAAACCAAAUGUACCAUGUGGCGUCUGUCAGAUAACUUCUCUCCAGCCAGACCACGUUCGAGUCUCAAAAGGAAUAUGUCCACUCAAGCAAGACAAAUGUAACUGUUGCUUUCCAAAUAAUAAGAAACCCUGUCCAAACAACAUAUGUGGUGCCAUCUAUGACAGCAUUAUACAGAAUCAUGCAUCAAUACCACCGGCACCUUUUUGGAGAAACAGCGAUGCCCAUGAUUGGUCCGUUGACCCAUGGAGCAUAUGCAAAUGUUUUAUAAAUGCUCCUGGGUACAAGGACAAGACAUCAGCAGUCGACGUUGACUGCUCGGGGCUACUACAUGUUAUCAUAAAUAACAAAUAUUUUCAUAAUCAUAUUGGAUGCAAUGUAACAGGACCAAACAAUCUUUUCGCAAAGGUCAGACAAUAUAGAAAUGAAAUUUUUCACUCAAGCAGUAUGGAGUUAGAGGAAACAGAGGCAAAUUCUUACAUUGAAGAUAUGAUAUCAGUUCUACAAGAUGGAAAGGAGCUUAUACACCAUCAGGCUUCUCAACUAGCUGUCGGGAAACUACAUGAUGUAAGUGUAAAUAAUGAAUAA